AUGUCUUCAUCAGAUUCGUCCCAGCAUGACCCUUCGCCCACCACUACAAGGCUCUCCAGCUAUGCAGUCACAGCUCCCCAAGAGCACCUCACAUCGGCGCGCGCCAAUGCACCCUCUGCGUCGGGAACCCCACUAUCGGAGAGGAAGAAAGGCAGGCCAUCCAAAGCAAAGGCAGGUGAACAACUCUCAUCAAAGUCCUUCUUGACUCCGCAGCUGCGAGGACCCAUUAUGUCAGAAUCGGAACUCGACAAGAAGCGGAACAAACUGGGCUAUCAGAGGAUUUCAAUCGCAUGUGCACAUUGCCGUCGCCGCAAGAUCAGAUGCUUGCUUUCAGAAGAUGAUUCUGAGCCGAGAUGUCAAAAUUGCAUACGCCUGAAGAAGGAAUGCGUCUUCUACCCUGUCGACCAGCAGAACGCUCUCGAUGCCCGGUCAGACGCAUCGAGUAGGACCGGGGAGCCAUCAGCACCUUCUUCAGCAGCAUCGACGUCCCCAUCUCACCCUAGCAUUCGAUCGUUUGAUCAGCAGAGUCAUCAGUUCGGUGGUGGCUAUCACCACGCCCCCUCCGAUGCUGCCGGGGGCUACGGCAUUCCCAUCUCCCCAAUCCCGGCGUUACCAUCUCAAGGUGGCUAUGUACCACAAAGUUAUGGCUAUUUACCGCAAAGGGAGCCGCCGACGGCAUGGAACAGCCACCAACAGCAAUUGAGCUCCCAUAACCAGUUGACGCCGGUCAGCACUACGAGCAGUAUAGCCCCUCCUUUCACCAGGUACGAGACGUCCAACAAUGCCGUCGAUACUGCGCCCUUUCCUGGUUCCUCAGAUCAGCAGCCUCCCGCUAUCUCCCACCACUCCACAGGCUACAGCUACACUCCCGAGCCGAUGCAGCAACAAUGGCAGCCGCCGCAACAGCACAAUGUACAGCAACCUGUUCACAGAUCGAUAUCGUACCCCGACUAUUCGAGCCAGAAUCCAUACCCACAAGGGUUUCCUUCGACGCAUCAACAACCGUCCGCUUUCAUGCAACACGCUGCUGUUCAGCCGCACCAAAGCGGUCCGCGAGCUAUAGGUCUACCAUCUCAAGCGCUGCCACCUACAGGUCACCAGUAUGCCUAUCAGAUGCCACCUGACCAGAGGAGCUCAAGCAUUCCGGCUAUGGCUGCUUAUCAACCCCCAGCGACACAGAUGCAGCAAGACUGGUAUCCCGAAGGUGCGUAUGGACCGGGUGGUUCGAACGCUCGCGGACACGACCUGAACCCACACGGUGGCUACGCGAGACGUCCCACCUAG